CGGUAGGCUGCUGAGCUGUGAUCCACUGUAGCUCAAAACCCGUCGCCUCCCCCUCCAAACCCGCAGCUUCUCGCUAACCUAAAAAUAUCUCCUUUUCUCCUCUCAGACACUUCCUCUCGAUUCGUGCUCUCUCGAAUUCUCCUUCGUUUGUGCCGAGAUUUCUUGCGAAGAUGCUGCCGUGGUGGAGAAAGUCGAAAUCGAAAUGGAAAUCGAGGUCUACUUCGAGUCCAAGGAAAAAGGACGCAGAGGCGGCGGCGGCGGCGGCAGCGGAGGUGGUAGUGGUGGAGGAAGGGGAGCGGGUUCAAAGGGGAAGCAACAAGAAGGAGAAAGCUAACAGUUUUGAUGAGGUUCUUCUCGCCAGGAAGAGCAGAGAUCUGUCGCCCGUCGGUUGUGCCCGUGGUCGUGGGCCGGGGGCAGGGUUUGUCCUUGGGCAUCCUCUCCCCCGCCCGUCGUCCAUCUCGUCGCCGCUGCCGACGUCGCCCCACGACCCUGGGGUGGCGUCGGCGUCGGCGUCGGCGUCCAGUUCCAGCUCCUCGGGGUCUUCGGAGGAGACCCCGGAUCUGGGGUUCUAUAGAUAUUCGGACCCGAUCAACAUGCCAAGGGGCAGAAAUACAACAACUGAUUCACAGAGGCAUCAUCAUGGGACCCAUGACAGACAUCUCUUCUCAUGCAGUCCAGUUUUGGAGCAUCCUAGAUGCACCGAGCUCCCUGUUUCUCCGGGAAAAGAGUUUCAAAGACAUGGUUUUGAUGGUUCUUCCAAUGGAAAUGCUUAUACUCAUUUCCAGACUCCCAUUGAGACUGUCUUCCAUACAAGAACGCUUAGUUCUCCCCCUGGUCCAAGAUGCCAUCCAUUUCCUACAUCCCCGCGACAUCCCAGAGCGUUCAGUUUAUGCCCAGGAUCACCAACUCAAAAGCAGGAUGACCUGAGAAGCCCACCUCAUCCAUUACCUCUUCCUCCAAGUUCUCCCAGAUCUUCCUCUACACAUUCUCUUCAGUCACACUGGAAGAAGGGAAAGUUAUUGGGAAGGGGAACAUUUGGCCAUGUCUAUCUCGGAUUUAACAGUGAGAGUGGGCAGAUGUGUGCAAUUAAGGAGGUCACAGUUAUUUCUGAUGACUCAAAUUCAAAAGAGUGCCUCAGGCAACUAAACCAGGAAAUUACUUUGCUUAGUCAGCUCUCACAUCCAAAUAUUGUGCAGUACUACGGCAGUGAACUGGCUGAAGACGCACUUUCAGUUUAUCUUGAGUAUGUAUCUGGUGGUUCUAUACAUAAGUUACUUCAGGAGUACGGUCCUUUCAGAGAACCUGUAAUUCGUAGUUAUACUGGACAGAUUCUUUUCGGGCUUGCCUACUUACAUGGGAGGAAUACUGUGCAUAGGGAUAUUAAAGGGGCGAACAUACUUGUAGGCUCUAAUGGUGAAAUCAAGCUUGCUGAUUUUGGCAUGGCCAAACAUAUUUCAUCUUACACUUCAAUACGUUCUUUCAAAGGAAGCCCUUACUGGAUGGCUCCCGAGGUUAUCAUGAAUGGCAAUGGCUACAACCUUUCAGUGGAUAUAUGGAGCCUUGGAUGUACAAUUCUUGAGAUGGCAACUUCAAAACCUCCUUGGAGCCAGUAUGAAGGGGUAGCUGCAAUAUUUAAAAUUGCAAAUAGCAAAGAUAUACCAGAAAUCCCAGAGAACCUUUCUUCGGAUGCAAAAUGUUUUCUAAAGCUAUGCUUGCAGCGUGACCCAUCAGCUCGUCCUACAGCAGCUCAGCUGAUGGAUCACCCUUUUGUUCGAGAUCAACCAACCAUAAAAGCUGCAAAAUUCAAUAUGAUUAGUGACAUGUUGCCUUCUUCUGAUGGAAGUCAUACUAAGAUCACCGCAAAAUUUUCCUCCAAGAGAAGUAUUUCUCCUCUACGUGUUAGAGAUUAUGGGAUAAGACAUGUAACUGAAUAUCCCUCAGCAUUUUCUUCAGGAUAUAGAAACCCAAGUGAUGCAAUGAGCAUAAGAACGAAUAUGUCUUUGCCCGUUUCACCCUGUUCAAGUCCACUACGGCAAUUCAAACAGAGUAAUAGAAGUUGCUUGCCUUCUCCCCCUCGUCCAGCUUUUUCUGCUGGAGCAAUUAACUGUAGUCCAAUCAAUCGGGCACUCUAUCCAAUGAGACCAAGCAACAAUUUUGCAGAUCGUUGGCCAGACAUUGCCCAGCCGAAAGCUUCCACGCCUUUUGACUCUCCAAGAAGACUAUAGGAGGAAUUUGUAGACAAAUACUAAUAGUGAAAAAAAAUCAUUGCAGUCAGGGUUACUGCUGGUGGAAGAUCAGGAUAAACAUUGAAAGUUCAUCCAAAUGCAAAUGCAUUUGAAGAGUCUGAAAGGAGUAUUGAUGAGAUGGCUACACAUGUAACUGAUCUUGCUGGGAUGUUGCAGGGGUGGUCUGAUUUUAUUGGUUCUGUUCAUAAAAUAUGUACUACUUCAACAUGAUCGAUGUAAUUGUAAGAUCACAUCCCACAUUCUGUACAGAGCAAAGGUUGUUUCAUUAGAUGUAAAAGAGUUGAUAGCCUUUUUUUGUUUCAUUUAUGGCAUCAUGGGCUCUUUUAUUCCCUCUCCGAAG